UGGAGCUCACUGGAAUCGUGCAGUUGGCCUGUCCGGCGGAGAGUCCGCCCACCCGCAGUCCUGUCACGCCCUCCCUGCCGAGGGCGCAGAGGAACCGUCAAGCCGCGUCCGUCGCCCCUGUCGUCCGCCCCUCGCUGUCCCGCCAUGGCCUCACGCCUCCUCCUCGGGUCCCUGCGCGUCCUGGGCCGAUGCUGCGCGCCGCGCCCGCCGCCCGCCGUAAGAUGUUCUCAUUCUGGAGGGGACAAACGUUUGGAAUCUCCUUCUGCUAAAAAAUUAACAGAUGUAGGAAUUAGAAGAAUCUUUUCUUCAGAGCACGACAUUUUCCGGGAAAGUGUAAGGAAGUUUUUUCAAGAAGAAGUGGUUCCUCAUCAUUCAGAAUGGGAGAAAGCUGGAGAAGUGCCCAGGGAACUCUGGGAAAAGGCUGGAAAACAAGGGCUGCUUGGAGUCAAUAUUGCAGAGCAGCAUGGUGGUAUUGGUGGUGACUUGUACUCCACAGCUAUUGUUUGGGAAGAGCAAGCAUAUUCAAAUUGUACAGGGCCAGGUUUCAGUCUUCAUUCAGAUAUCGUCAUGCCUUAUAUUGCCAACUAUGGCUCAAAAGAACAGAUUGAGCACUUCAUCCCCCAGAUGACAGCAGGCAAAUGCAUUGGUGCCAUAGCAAUGACAGAGCCUGGUGCUGGAAGUGACUUACAAGGAGUAAGAACAAAUGCCAAAAAGGAUGGAAGUGAUUGGAUUCUCAAUGGAAGCAAGGUAUUCAUCACUAACGGCUGGCUAAGUGAUGUUGUGAUUGUAGUCGCAAUCACAAAUCGUGAAGCUCGUUCUCCUGCCCAUGGCAUUAGCCUUUUUCUGGUAGAAAAUGGAAUGAAAGGAUUUAUUAAAGGACGGAAGCUACAUAAAAUGGGAUUAAAAGCCCAGGAUACUGCAGAACUGUUUUUUGAAGAUGUCCGAUUGCCAGCUAGUGCCUUACUUGGAGAAGAGAAUAAAGGCUUCUACUAUCUCAUGCAAGAGCUUCCACAGGAAAGGCUGUUAAUUGCUGACUUGGCAAUUUCAGCCUGUGAAUUUAUGUUUGAAGAAACCAGGAACUAUGUUAAACAACGAAAAGCUUUUGGGAAAACGGUUGCACACAUACAGACAGUACAGCAUAAACUAGCAGAAUUAAAAACACACAUAUGUGUAACCAGAUCUUUUGUGGACAGCUGUCUGAAGCUACAUGAAACGAAACAUCUGGAUUCUGCCUCUGCUUCUAUGGCGAAAUAUUGGGCAUCUGACUUACAAAACAGCGUUGCUUAUGAAUGUGUACAGCUCCAUGGAGGCUGGGGAUACAUGUGGGAGUACCCAAUUGCAAAAGCUUAUGUGGAUGCCCGUGUUCAGCCAAUCUAUGGUGGUACCAAUGAAAUAAUGAGGGAGCUGAUUGCAAGAGAUAUCGUCAGUGACAAGUAGACAUCUGCCCACAUCCUGGAAUCCUAUUACAGCUAAUCUGGUUUUAAAUCUACUCAAGAUAAAAUGAAACCUGGAAGGAGGGGAAAUGCUAAAUAUGUUUUUAUGUGCCUUCUGUAUAGAGAAAGAAAUCAAAUAUAAAUAUAACAUUAACAGUGGAAGGAGAAAUAUCUGUAUCCAAAGAGUAAAAUUCUCCUGUGAAGGUUUUACUUUUAAGUUUUUAUAUUGUUAAAGGUCAAAAUUUCUCUGACUCUAGAAGCCUUAAUAUUUCAUUUAUCUCUAUAAUUUUUAAAAGCAUAAAUUGCUUAAAUCCCUAAAAUUGAGGCAGAAUUGAUUUAUAUAUGAUAUACUACUUUAAAAGCAUUAACAUUACAUGGACUUUUAAAGGGAAAAAUAAAUCUAACUUAGACUAUGAAGACAUUUCAGCUACCUUUGCUCCAGAUUCCCUGGAAUAUUGGUUCCUACCAUGCUACCAUCAAGUUCUUUUUGAGCAACCCUUCUUGGAAACAGAUCAUCACAUUGUACCCUAUAAAUAUGUCCAGUCAUUGUGUAUCAAUUAAAAAUAAAGUGAAACUUUAAAAAGAAAACAAA